AUGGCUACGGACAUUGUCCGGGAAGGCGUUCUCGGCAUUAACCAUGGUCGCUUCCUUACAGCCAUCAACAAGCCUUGCGGAAUCAGCUCGGCGCAAGUUAUCCGCGAGUGCCAAAAGGUCUUCAAUCCCUCAAAGUUCUUCAAGCCAAUGAUCGACGCCGAGAUCGCCAAGCGCAUGAACGAGUCCGGCCAGCAGUUCGCCCGUCGCAAGCAAAUCAAGAAGGCCUCGCAGGUCAAGAUGGGCCAUGGAGGAACCCUCGAUCCUCUUGCCACCGGCGUCCUCAUUCUGGGCAUUGGAUCUGGCACCAAGGUUCUGUCUCAGUUCCUCGAAUGCACCAAGACAUACGAGACCGUCAUCCUCUUCGGCGCAAGCACCGAUACCUACGAUCGAGUUGGUCGCAUCCUUACCAAGCGACCCUACGACCACAUCACCCGCGAAAAGGUUGAGAAGGAGCUUGCAAGCAUGAAGGGUCCCCUCACCCAGAUCCCACCUCUGUACUCUGCGCUCAAGAUGAACGGCAAACCCCUGUACGAGUACGCGCGAGAAGGCAAGCCUAUCCCUCGGGAGAUUGAGGGCAGAGAGGUCGAGAUCAAGGACAUUGAGCUUCUCGAAUGGUACGAACCUGGCAAGCACAGCCACCGAUGGCCAACCGAGGAGGCUGAGGCCGCAGAGCGGAAUCUGGCCGAGCAGGUCUGGAGGGUCAAGAAGCAGCAGGAGACCAACAAGAAGCUGAGCCCCGAGGAGAAGGAAGAAGACGACCAGGCGAUAGCGGCGCAUGAGUCUUUCAAGCGCAAGUUUGAGCAGCGCCAGGACGAGCUUAUUAAGGACGCCCCGGCAAAGCGAGCGCGACACUCCAAGAACCCCCCAAUGAUGUCGGGCGCUCUGGGACAGCUACCACAGCCCAUCUACAGUGAAAAGGGAACUCAUCUGGUUCCUGACGCACCUGACGAGAACACCCCCCCUCCCUGGAGCGACGAGGGCCCUCCCGCUGCCAGGGUGCGGUUGACAGUGACCUCCGGUUUCUACAUUCGAAGCUUCUGCCAUGAUCUGGGUGCCAAGAUGGACUCGGCCGCUCUCAUGGCUGAACUGUGCCGGUCUCGACAGAGCGACUUUUCUAUCGGCGGUACAAACUGUCUCGAGUUCGAUGACCUUUCCAAGGGCGAGGAGGUAUGGGCUCCUCAAGUCGCCAGCAUGCUGGAGCAGUGGAGCAACGAGAACAAGGAUAAGGCAACUGGCCCGUCUCCUGCUACCUCGCAGAGACCUCAGAAGAGGAAGCAUGAGUAUAAGAGCUCCAGCCCCGGCCCUGACUCUCCCAAGCACAAGCACCAGAAGCACCACCACAAGGACAAGGCAGAGAAGCGACGGCACUCCAAGUCCCCCGAAGGAUCCCGGUCAUCUCCCAAGGCCGAAGCCACCGAGUCCAAGGACGAUGCUAAGCAGGCCAAGGAGCCCAAGCCCAGCAAGAAGGAAGCCGAGCCUGCGAAGGAAGAAGCCAAGCCUAACAACGCUACCAGAUCUGACGAUGAAAAGUCUUGGAAUGGUAUCGAAGAUUGA